GCAAUUAUAUAUAGCUUAUUUGCGUGUUUUGAGGUUUUCAGUUUAUCGGCCGUUCGUUCGUUUACAUUGGUGAGAUAUUGAAAAAUAAAUAGCUUUCCAUGUAUAAGUGCAAAAAAUACAAAGAACAGAAGAUAAAUGCGUUUAAUUAAGAAUUAAAAACUAAAAAUUAGCAAGAUACGGAAAAGACUAAUAAUUGUAGUUUAGUAGUUACAGUUGACUUGUAACCCUGUAAGGACAUGUUGAUUUAGGUGUCCAGGUAAACAAUGUUAUAUGCAUGUGUUCCAUCAAGGCACAGUUUUACAAACUAGUGAAUGCAUAUUGACGUAUGCUAGCAUCUGGUAUUGAAAUAUAAAUAUACAAAAAUCAGAAGCAUAGAGCUUGCAAGCGAGGUUAUAUUUUUGUGUACAAACAAUUAAAGCAAGAUGAGUAAUAUUUAUAUUCAAGAACCACCCACUUCGGGAAAGGUUGUAAUGAAAACAAGUAUUGGAGACAUUGAUUUGGAAUUGUGGACAAAAGAAGCUCCAAAAGCAUGUAGAAACUUUAUACAGUUGUGUAUGGAAGGCUACUAUGAUAAUACAAUAUUCCAUCGAGUAAUCAAAGGGUUUAUCGUUCAGGGAGGUGAUCCCACAGGCACUGGAGAAGGUGGUGAAAGCAUAUAUGGAGCACCCUUUAAAGAUGAAUUUCAUACGAGGUUGCGGUUCUGCAGAAGAGGAUUGUUGGCUAUGGCAAACGCUGGGAAAGAUGACAAUGGAUCUCAAUUUUUUUUCACUCUUGCUGCUACUCCAGAAUUACAAAACAAGCACACAAUUUUUGGGAAAGUCGGAGGAGAAACCAUAUAUAACAUGAUAAAACUUGAGGACGCGCUUGUUGAUGAAAAUGACAGGCCCGUUUAUCCAGUGAAAGUAUUGAAAACUGAAGUUCUUAAUAAUCCCUUUACCGACAUUGUUCCAAGAACUGUUCCCAAAACGUUAACUGAUGAAGAGAAGGUCAAGAAGAAGGAUAAGAAAGGAGUUAAGGAUUUUAAACUGCUAUCUUUUGGAGAGGAAGCUGAGGAAGAUGAAGAAGAAUCAGUAGUUAUAAGUAAAAAACUGGGUACCAAAAGCAAAUCCGCUCAUGAUAUUUUAUCAGAUCCAAAAUUAAGCUCUCAGCCUGUAAUUGAAGAAGAUCCAUCUAAAAAAUCAGAAAGCGAUUCAGAGAAGGAUGAUGAGGAUCCAAGGACAGCAGAAGAGCGGGCUGCUGCUCAUAAAGAAAAACAGGAAAUGACUGAGAGAAUAAAGAGCAAAUUAAAAGCUUCUACAGCAAAAAUAGCCAAUGAUCCUAAAGUUAGUGACAAAGAAGAUGAGUCAAGCGAAGAAGAGUAUUAUCUUGGAAAGGAAAGAAAAGAAGAAUUAAAAAAGCUGACCGAGGCAAAAAAGAAAGAGAUACGCGACUUUAAGCGUGGAAUGAAGAAUGAAGAAAACAAAAAGCUGGAGAAAGAAAAACAAAAAGCUGAGGAGAUAAAGAAAAAGGAAGUGAAGUCCGAACUUGUGCUCGAGCACAACGUUACGAAAAAAAAGUACAAAGAAGAAUUUUCGAAACUUCCAAAAAAAGGUGCUCCUCGAGAAGAUUUUACGAGUCAGAAAAUGAAGCAAUUCAUGAGCAAAAUAAACCAAAUAAAAAAUGUAGAUUCAGGAGAAGAAGAAUCCGUCAGUUCUCAGGUUGUGAAAGCAAAGGAUGACGAUGACGAUGAUCUUACCGAUGACUCAUGGAUGAAGACUGCUUUGCACAGCGAGGACAGCGCUCCAGUACUAGCAAAAGAUGCUAGUACGAAAGGCGAUGACUGGUUUGAGAUUUAUGAUCCCAGAAAUCCACUGAACAAAAGAAGACGGGGAGAAACGACUGAUAAGUCGAAAGCUAGCGACCCUAAAAGGAACGAAGGAUUGAGACCUCGAGACUGGCAGCCAAGGCCGACGCAAUGCAAGGUGCCACUGCGUCUGGUUCGUCUUUGCUUCCUCGGAGUCUUGCUGCCGGCUAUGUUCGUUGCCGGGCCGAUUUACCUGAGAUACCGAGUCUUCUCCGAGCAGCUUUAUCCGCUGGCCAUAUCUGAUCAGAGGCUCAUCGAUGGCCGGAUUUCGACAACUUGGUGCCAGCGGCAAGUGGUAAAGGCCAACGCGACGUUCAACGCGUACCUCAUGAACGGCGCUCCGAAGAUCCAGGGUAAGGCUACACCCGUGACGAUGACGCGACAUCUCGUGCUCGAGGACGAUAUGAAGGAGUACUGGGGCUUCUACCUGCUCCGGGGCAGCAGCGUCACCGUAUCCACCUGUGUAAGAUGGCCAGGAGCAUCGCUCACUAUGAUACGCGGCCACAAACAUCUUCACGAGUGCGCCUUCAUUGGGGACGACAGCAGCGAGGAGCUCGAGGAACUGGUCGAGGUCGCGCAGGAACGCGGCUUGUUGCAGAGGCCUAAUGAAACGAACCCAAAUAGCCCGAGUAACGAGCCAUCGCGCAUGAAGCGUGUCCACCAAGGUGUCCAGUUGCACAACACCAACGAGACCUCUUACCAACAUCAUCUUCAGCAUAACCAGCAGCUCACCAGUCAUGAACUGGACGCCAAGGACAUGCGCGCGAUUCUCACGCAGAUUUUCAUAAAGCAGCUCGACAUGAAGAAACGACAAAAGGAUGCGAAUGAACCAUCUCAGCACCACCACUACGAAGGUGUGUUUAGAGAGAGCGAUAACAUUGUCAAGCCACCGACUUUCGAUGACACGGAGUUUAUCAAGCACGAGCUGCUCUCGUUGAGGGGUCAGGCAUCCGAAGCUUCAGUCACGUUGGAGGAUAUGGGUGUGACCAGUUCUGCUACAGUAUCGACUACUACUGAAGCUACCACCAAGACACCAGAAGUGAAGACAACGACAGCCGAGUCAUUAAUCGCGGAGAUGAGCUCGACUCUUGGCCCUUCGUCCAUGGAAGUGUUCGAGGAUGCGUUGCACAAAAUAAGCGCACUGGGUACUCGGGGUAAGAAGGUUCUGAACAAACUGAUACAGGAGAUCAAUCACCGUGAUCCCAAAACCGAGCAGAUGGUGAAGAAGGUCAUCAAUGAAGUCACCGAGAAAGAAGAACGAAGAAGAAAGAGGGACUUGCUUCUGUCUUCACCGAUGGGAGCUCAGCUCUCGGAGGAUGACGAGGAUGGCGAUGCUGCGAUCGAAGAGGGUAUGCUUCAUCCCGACGGAAUAGCCGAGGACCGCGGCACAGUCAACGAGACGACGCUGAACGACCGGAGCAAUUCCGAAUUUUGGAGCUCGUUCAGCAGUUCGGAAGAGCGACUUCUGGAAUGCAAAGGUCUCAUUCUGAAUCUUCCUCUGACGCCUCAUCGAUACUGCGAGGCUAAGUGGGAACACCGUCACUCGUCAGCUUCGAUUGCCAACGCAGUGACUUACAGAGUUCCAACCGACGGCUAUUACUUCUUCGUCUUCAGUUCGGAGAACGAGAUCCAGCCGAAUUAUCUUCGCGUCAAGUUCGAACUUCUGAAGACGAUGUACAACACCUCGGAUCCGGUCUUCCAGUGUAAGAACAGCACUGGCGAGUGUUCCCUGCCCAUUAGCUUCUUCAGCAGCGAGCGUACGGUCCUCGAACUGCCCGUUAAUGGCAAUGAUUCUCAGUGGAACGACGAGUACGUAGUCAUAUCGACCUGCGAACCCAGAACGGCGGUGUACCUCGUCUGCACCAUGGCCGUGCCGCUGCUUAUACUCAUGUUCGCUUUUUAUUGAGGGUAAGCUUAUGAUUCUAGAAGAAAAUUUCUCCGCAGAAAUAUAAAAAAAUUAAUGAUUAUACUGUGUGUCGUUGACACGAAUUAAGAGACCAAUAUCAGUAUUAUCAUCCCGUAAAGGAUAUAAUAUAGAAAUGGUGAGGAUGUUCAUUUUAUAUGACGCAAUGGGAGAACGCAGUGAAAUUUUUUUCUAUAACACGAAUCAACACAACCAUGUGCCUUGAUGAUAGUUGCACGAGAACUGUCUUUUUGACGAUCCGAAUUGACAAUGUGCAUUUAUUGGGAUUUUACUUGGAAAUUGCAGUGGAAUGAAAGUGAUCGCGAAAUAAGAAAUAGAUAGUUGAGCUUGGAAAGGGUGAGAAAUCCAAAAACGUUUGAGAUUUCUCAGCCCCGUUAUAACAGCGAAACACGUACAAAACGAAUGUGGUCAACAAGCCAUUAUGCAUAAGUGCCUUUUUAGUAUAAGAUAUUAUUGGUUUGUUCGAAGCGUGAAUCGCGAACGCCAGAGUCAUUAGGAUUAUUAUUUACGAACUUUCGAAAAGACUGUUUAUCGUAAUGGCUUGGAGUAUAAUAAUGAUAAGUAAAACAACGAGAAUUAGUAUUAUAUAUUUCUAUUGCUAGCGCGAAAACGUGUACGUACAAUUGAGAUGUGGUAUUUCGUGAAAGUUUAUAAAAAAAAUACUUCGUAAGGCGAACACGCACGUUGUAGUUGUUAUAAAAUAUUAAUUAGAGGUAUACUCGAUAAAACCUUGAACAGAUAUAAAGAUCUAUCUUCAAUAAUGCAACAAAGUAUGUGAUAUUUUUAGCUGUAAUAGUAAGAACGUUACGACACGCACGUAUUUAUAAUACAUCAGUCAAUCAAUUGCACACCGUCAAUCAUUUUUAAAGCAUUUCCUCUUAAUUCCGUGACUAUAUAACGUUGAAUACAGAACAUGAGAUGCUAUACUCAGAUGUAUGAAUAUUAAGAGAAUGUUUUAAUUGUAUUGCUUGUAAACUUAAGUUACGAAAUUGCUUUUAAUAUAGGCUUUAUUGUCCUAGCUGUAAAAAAUAUUAGGAAUAACAAAUCGUCAUACGAUAUCAAUGUUGCGAAUGUAAAUAAAUAAUUUUUUAUAGAUAAAAGCACGAACUUCUUUCCGCGUAGCCCGCAAUCAAGAAACUCUCGAUACCGUGAAUCUUUCUUAAUAGCUCGCGGAGAUUGUCUUAUAAUAAAUUGAGAAAGUAUUAUCUCAUAACGAAAA